AUGGAACAAGAAAAACUUCAUCGAAAGGAGGAAUUUCAACGACUGUGCCGUGAAAUUAUCACAUCCAGUCUCCAACUAGGCCACUCAUCUGAUGUUAUUAAAAGAAAAUUGACAAAAGCUGUUGAUGUGCCUUCAAAUGAGGAUAUCGCAGGUCUGAAGUUGGUUUUGGAUGAAAAUAACGCAACGCUGGGACCACUUGUCGCCCAAUUGAAUGCCCUUCAAGCAGAUAUCCAACGCAUAGCGGCGGAAAUUGCCUAUGUACCAAAGACCGAACGAGAGAAAUCCUUAUUGCAUUUGGAAUCGAAUGGAAGAGAGGCUACUCCGGAUAAAAUGCUCAAUGGUCAGGAAGAGGUUUUCAAUGUAGAUGAGGAAAUCAGAAGAACGGCCGAAAGGUUAAAAGGAGCCCUCCCUAAUGAGACUGAUCUCGAGGAGUUGAAAACGAUGCGAUUGAGUCUAGUGAAGGAGAAGGCCCGAUUGGUGGGAACGUGUGAGGAGUUGAAGGCCUACCUAGAGAGCAUGUGGAAACGCCUUCAGAAACCGGCGGAAGAAUGUGAGGUCUUCCUCAAAAACUGCGAGGCUUUCACGCCCCAUUCCCUCCAGUUACUUCAAACGGAAGCUGAUGCCUGUCGAAAAGAACGUCUUCAAACUAUAGCGACGUACUUGCCAAGUGUGAAGGCUGAAUUGCUUGACCUUGCAAGGACCUGUUGUCUUGAAAAUCAGGAAUCCUCCAAUUUGGCCAAAAUUGAGGCAAAAGAACGUCAAGACGGUGGUGUUGAAUUACUGGACUACUUAGAGCAUCGAAUUGAGGAAUUGAAGGUUGUUUAUCAACAGCAUCGGCGAGUCUACGAGGCCAUAGCGGCAUUUCAAACCUCUUUCAACGCUCUCCAACAGGUAGAGCAAAGGCUUAAAGACCCAUCAAUCUUGAGUAACCGAGGUGGAAUUUUGUUGAAGACGGAGAAGGAGAAGAAGAAAUUGUUGAAGGAGGUGGAGAAAUCGGAGAAGGAGACUCUAGCUGCGAUUGGUGAAUAUGAGGCGGAGAAGGGUCAACCCUUUGUCCUGUCCAAUGGUAAAACUUUCGUGCAGGCUGUUGAGGAACAGCGAAACGCGGCAGCAGUCUCUAUGCGCGGAGGCAGAGCUUCCAGUGCUGUUGGACGCCGACCCUUCUCUGCAGGUCAUCCUGCUUCACAACUCUGUUAA